UAUAUAUACCAGGGUUGGGGAGAAGAGAGGUACCAACCAAGAGGGAACUGCCAUCGGUUGCUUGACCCCAAGGAGGAAAGAACAAACAGUAGCAGAUUUUAGUGCCUCCCCAGCCUUUGUUGAUGGGCCGCAGUGCAAUUGCAAAAUCGACUGGUCUUCUCCGGGAAGUUAAGAACAGGCAAAGCUCUAACCUUACGAGCCAGGUGCAGCCAACAAAAGCAAGGUCAGCAGAGACAGCACUGUGGGUGCCACACCCAAAGACAGGGAUCUACUACCCCAGGGGCUUUGAGUGGGUCAUGGAGGAUGUCCCAAGCAGCGCAGCAACGUUCCAGCAGACAUACUGGCUCAGGAGCGGCGACGCAGACACAGCAAGCUCUCCCACGUCAACCGACGGCACAGCUGCCUUUGAUAAUCCAUUUCUGUGAAUGCAUAAGAGGCCUCACACUGGAAGAAUCACUGAUAGCAGCAGUUCUACAAGCCACCACCAUUGUUGCCAGGUCGAUACAUAAUAUGAUAAACCAGCUGCUCAGAUUUCCAGCAUGUAGGCACCGCAUCCACCGAAAGAUCAGUGUUAAACUCUGCAUUAAUCUUCGCUAUUGCAUUCUCAUUUUCACUGAUUUUACUUAAAUAAAAGCCGCACCUGAUUGUAAUAUUGGGAACAUUCUGAGCUAACAGUUUUAACUGUCAACCUUGGUGCAAAAAUUAUCCUACUAAUUAUAAUCUUCAGAAAAAAUAAUACAGCCUUCAGUUUU